AUGUUGAAGGAAUAUCCGGUCGCAGGUAUUCUGCUUGCUUCGCCUCUGCUGGCUGUAGCACAAGACCUCAUUCCUCCGAUUCUGGAAAAAGCUGAUUCGUUUGUGGAAGAGACUUGGUCUGUUGAUUCAAGUUCAAAGGUCAUUUACAUCGAUAAGAAGUUUGCAUCUGUGUCAGAUAAAGAUGGUCUGACUUUGAUUCCGCCUACCGCCCAUGAGUUCGCGACAACCUUUCAAGAUGAUCUUGCCAAGAUCACAGGAUCCAAUUGGACGCUGAAGCGCGUCGAGUCGCUUCCUACCAAUGUCAGUGGAAUUUCACUCGGCUCCUACACUGGGGAGUCUUCUGAUCUCACAUACGAGAACGGAAAAUCAACAUCAGAAGGCUACGAGAUCAUCAUCAACUCCAAUCGCGUAUUCAUCGGUGGAUCAGGCGCUCGAGGAAUGUGGUGGGGAACCAGAACCUUUCUUCAACUCCUCCUCGCUGGCAACGGAUCGAUCACGAGUCCUCUUGGCCGAGAUGCCCCGGCCUAUCCUACCAGAGGAUACAUGCUUGAUGCAGGGAGAAAAUGGUACUCAAAAGACUUUCUGAAAGAGCUGUGCAGCUAUGCUUCGUUCUUCAAGAUGAAUGAGUUUCACUAUCAUCUUAGUGAUAACUAUCCGCUGAACCGUGGCAAGAAUGAUAGUUGGAGGGAUGUCUACUCUCACUUUUCGCUGUUGCCGGAGGAUAAAUCGCUACGGGGUAUUCUUCAUGGGCGCGAGAACGAGACGUUAUCGAAAGAUGAUUUCGCAGAACUUCAGAGCCACUGCGCUUCCCGAGGAGUGACUGUCAUUCCGGAGAUUGAGGCACCGGGCCAUUCUCUAUACCUCACUAAGUGGAAACCGGAGCUUGGCCUGGCCAAGAAGGAUUUGCUCAACUUGACGCAUCUUGACACCUUACCAACGGUACAGAGUAUCUGGAAAGAGUUUCUCCCAUGGUUCAAGACUAAAGAAGUCCAUAUUGGUGCUGAUGAAUAUGACGCCGAACUUGCCGAUGACUACAUCACCUUCGUCAACAAAAUGAGCCGUUUCAUAAACUCCACGUCCAACAAGAGAAGUCGAAUCUGGGGUACUCACGAACCAUCGAAACGAAACCAAACCAUCGAUAAAAGUGUCAUCAUACAGCACUGGCAGUACGGCCAAUCCGACCCUGUACAACUCGUCAAAGAUGACUACGAUGUCAUCAACUCAGAAGACUGGUGGGCCUACACAAGUCUAAAAAAUGACCACAUGCCUAUCCUCCCAGCGCGCUACCCGCAGUUCUUUAACGAGAGUCGUGUUUUCAACUUUGCGGAUAAGGAGGAGUGGCAGUGGACGCCUGCUGAUUUCAACCCUGUGAAUACGAGUCUCCAGCUGAAGAGCGAUGAGAAGAGGUUGAGGGGUGCGACGUUGGCUGCUUGGAAUGAUAACGGCCCUGAUGCGACUACUCAACUUGAGGCGUAUUACUCCAUGAGGAGGGGUAUUGCGUUGGUAGGAGGGAGGGCGUGGAGUGGAAGUCGAGGACCGAAGUUGCUGGAGGAGAUGAGUGAUAGCAGUGUUGACUUUUACUCUCCGCGGGCUCCAGAUCAGAAUCUGGAUAGGGUGCUUUCUCUCGGGGGUAAUGGUACCUUGAUAUCGUGGACUCGUUCAGAUGGUGAUGGAAAUGAAGUUCGCCUUGGUCAUGGGAGCAAGGGGAUGAACUACACCCUCACACUCUCCAUCACAGGCCCGUUCACCCUCUCCAGUCCCGAUAAUGUCCUUUCUCUCGAUAAGGAUGGAAAUAUGGUCGCCACCGCUGAUGGAUGGGAAUACCCCCUUCGCAAAGUCACUAAAAACGACGCACUCGAUCUUGACCCUGGAGCUCCAGGUCGUAUCUGGGUCAACACUUCAUCCACGCACAAGCCUGUCAAACUCUCUAUCCCAACCAACAUCACUCUGGUGACGGACGUCCUGCAUGGAACGGUUGUGUUCAGCAAUGGUGAAGUGGUAGGAAGAUUUGAGGUCUUUGUGUAUGGCGGGAGGAAUACGCAGUUUAGUUGGAGUCAGAUGGCGUUUGUUGCGCCGCUGGAUAAGAUUGAGGGCGGUUUGGAACGUUUGAAACUGGCUGGAUCUUCUAACUUUACGGAAGCAGGUGGAACGGGUGGGAAAGAGAGUGCUGAUGUUCCGAAGGGGAAUGACACUGUUCGGUGUUCCGUUUCUUUGGCGAUCACGGUAGGGUUAGUCGUGGGAGGCUUGUUACUCGUAUCCUUGUGA